AUAAAAAUCCCCCCCAAGGCCUAAGCUGUCGUUGUUUCGUUUUGUUUACCGCAAAACGAAUAGCCAUCUAGGUCUUGUGUUCGAUCUGCCGUGUUCUAGGUCAAGAAAAUUGAGAGCAGUUCGAACCAUGUCUACGGAUUUCUCUUUCGAGCCUCCAGAGAUCAGCAUAUUGCCUCUUGAUAACUCCAAUUUUGAAGCUAAAAAGAGUUUGAGUGAGUCUGAAAAUGAUUAUGUCCGCGAAUCGCCUUGCAAAAAAACGAAGGUUGACGCAGAAAAUACUGAUAGCGACUCCGAGCAUGAUUCGCUUGACGAUACAGAUUCGGAGUCAGAUGAGCACCCUGUUUAUAAGGAUAGGGAAUCCGAAUGUUUUGACAUUCAUGAACCAAAAGUGAUUUACUUUUCGAGGCUGUAUCCUUUCAAUUUACUACAUGAAAAGAACAAGCAGAGGAUGGAGUUUUGGGCCAAUUAUGCUAUAUUUAUCAUGAAUGAACAGAUCUUUGUCAAUCAGGAUCCGUCUAAGUGCCUCCAACUAAAGGAAGUAGUGCGGGUUGCUACAACUCCAGACCCCUGCCGUGCAAUAUUCAUGACAUUCCAAGCUGAAGAUAGGAAUGGAGUGGUGUUCACCUAUGAAGCUAAAAUGCAAGACUUAAUAUUAGAAUAUCUCAUGCAGGUUGAGUUUUGCAGAGAACGUGGAUCUGACAAAAAAGUUAUUCCGAGAUGGAUGAUGUAUAAUUAUGAUUCUGAAGAAACGAAAUACGUACAAUCAGAGGACGAUGUGAUUCAGUUCGAGGAUGUUGAACUCAAGGAGCGCUUCAAUCCCCAUUUUGAACAAAUGAAAAAAAGCAAAUCUUUACCGCUGCUUGUGUUCGCCGGCACCCUUUACCCAGUAGAUCUUAGGAAGAAAGAAGAAUUCCGAAGAGUCGAGUUUUGUGCUAAAUAUGCCUUAUUUCAUUAUACUGCAAAGGAGGAAUCAAAGCCUACCCUCCAAUUCAAGGAAAUAGUGGAUGCUAUCAAGAGUGCAACAUCACCUGCUCAAACAUACUAUAUUACUUUCAAAGCCGAAGAUACUAUGUCAAGCAACAAAGAGGUUACUUUCUAUGCUCAAGUGUUUGACCACAUGUCAAAACAUUACCUGAAGCUGGGAUUUUGCAGGGAUGCAUCUGGGAAUAGAGUUGUUCCACGUCUGCGAGAUUGGUGAUAACCAGAAUAUGUAUGGCCGGUGUUACGUACGUGUAGUGAAGAACUUGACAUGGCUAGUGUGAUCAAUGUGAUGAAUGCCUAGUAGGCUUUUUACUCUACAUUUCGUAAUUUUAAUACAUUUUUAACUGUACCAACUCAUAUGAACGUGUUUCGUGAGUAUUUUAGCUAAGACUAAAUUAUUUUAGGGUAGAAUUUGGAAAAUAUCAUGUAGUUCUUGUCAAUGUGGCAUUUGCUAUUAGAAUUAUACUGUGUUAAUUCUAGUCUGAUCUGGUUUCAACUGGGCUGGUCCAAAUCUGAUUUUAUCUAUUCUGGUUUCAACUGGGCUGGUCCAAAUCUAGUUUUAUAUAUUGUGG